CAAAAUCAAAUAAUAUAAUUCCACCACUUGUUAUUUUUUAAACCAACAAUGUUUUCUCUCUACUACAAAAACCUUUGGCCACCCCACCACUCAACAACCCGUAUGCACUUUUCACACCACCACCAUCUCCUCCACCGCCAUGGACGGCGGCGACAAGUCCGCUGCCGGCUUGUACCGGUUACUGUUGGAUCGGUUCCAGAGUCUGGAGGCCAGCCACCAGAAACUCCAGGAACAGUUUCAAGUUCUCUUGCAAGAGAAGACUAGCAAUGUUAGCACCAAGACUUUUCAAGAAAAGGAUGUGACCUCAGAUUCCGGAGACAUGUCGUCAUUCCCCGGAUGGGAUUCCGUUCCCGGAACGUUCUAUGGCGGGCACCCGUAUAGGAAGGUGCUGGAGCACAUGGGGCAUGCAGUUCACGUCUGUAGAGCUGGUUCCGGGGAGAUCAUUUAUUGGAACUGUGCAGCUGAAAAGCUUUUCGGAUAUAAAGAAUAUGAUGUGAUUGGACAGAGAGUUGUUGAACUUCUCUUUGAUGAAGAACAUUAUCGUUUGGCUCGGGCACUGUUAGAAAGGUUGAGCGCUGGGGAGUCUUGGUCAGGUCAGCUCCCUCUCAGGAAGAGGUCCGGCCAAAAUUUCAUGGCAAUGGUUACCAAGAGCCCGUUAUACGAGGAUAGCGAGCUCGUUGGCAUUGUCACUGUGUCUAGUGAUGCAGCUGUAUUUAAUUACUCAAAUUGGGGAAAUAUGCGAGCACAUGAAGAUCAUGCUAAUGGACAUUCAUUCCGUAGAAUAAAUUUGAAGAAGAUCCAGUGGCAUCCACAACCACAGAUUGCAGCCGUGCCCCAGCUCGCAUCUUCUGUUUCCAAUUUGGCUUCAAAAUUUUUGCGGAAACGUGGGGAUAUUUCCUGUAAUACAUGUAGAUCUACAACAGAGGGUGAGCAAGCUGAAGUAGAAAGUCAAGAUGCACGAGCAGAUAGACCGCCAAGGGCCCCUACUGCAAAGCCUGGUUUCAGUUUGUCCAUAGGGAAGAGCAAAGCGGAAUCGAUGAGCUCGGAGAGCCAAGAAUCAACAUUUGAACUUGCUCAGGCUCCGAAAUUUGCCAUAAAGCUCUUUUCAAAAUUGCAAAUAGGAGCGAUCAGCAAUGUAGAGAAAGCCGUGGAUGAGAAUAUUCAACAAAAUGGAUCUGAAGAUAAUUCAAGGAGAAAGGAGGCAGCAAAUGGAGCAUGCUGCCGGAGAGAUUCAAUAGAGAGCACUUCUCCUAUUUGUAAUCUCGACGCUAACAAUUAUCAUGCAGAGGAUGAUCUGGCAGGAACUCCCCAUGCUUUAGAAAGAAAACAACGAGACACACAUUUGAACCCCUCUGUUACUAAUGAUCAGUUGCUAAGAUCAAGUGAUGAAAAAGAGUCUGUGGCUAACGUGCCAAAUAUAAAACCAUUGGAUUCAGAAGAUGCGUCUCCUAGACAGUCGGAUUGUCAUAAAAUUCCAACUUCAGGUGAGAGUUUUGGCAGUGGACACGGAAGCUCCUCAAGCAGAGGUGAAAAUGAUUCGCACAUGGUUGUGGAUAUUGAGAUUCGUUGGGAAGAUCUCCAAUUGAGGGAGCAAGUUGGGCAAGGUUCAUUUGCAGUUGUGUAUCGUGGAGUCUGGAAUGGAUCGGAUGUCGCAGUUAAGGUAUAUUCUGGAAGUCAGUACAGCGAGCAGACUUUGCUCGACUAUAAAAAAGAGAUCGAUAUCAUGAGAAGACUGAGACAUCCAAAUGUAUUGCUGUUCAUGGGAGCAGUGUGCACUGAGGAAAAACUUGCCAUGGUCACAGAGUACUUGACCAGGGGAAGUCUCUUCAAAACUCUUCAUAGGAACAACCAGUCGUUGGAUGUCAAACGACGUCUGAAGAUGGCUCUUGAUGUGGCCAGAGGCAUGAACUAUUUGCACCACAGAAAUCCUCCAAUAGUACAUAGAGACCUGAAAUCUUCAAACCUUCUCGUCGAUAAAAGCUGGACCGUGAAGGUUGGAGACUUUGGCUUAUCAAAGUUGAAGGAUUCAACUUUCUUAACGGCAAGAUCUGGAAGAGGCACACCUCAGUGGAUGGCACCUGAAGUCCUUCGCAAUGAACCUUCAACAGAAAAGUCAGAUGUCUUCAGUUACGGUGUGAUACUGUGGGAACUAAUGACUGUACGCAUUCCUUGGAGCAACCUUAACUCCUUGCAGGUUGUUGGAAUCGUCGGCUUCAUGGACCGCAGAUUAGACAUUCCAGACAACAUGGAUCACCAAAUUUCUUCCAUCAUCUCCGACUGCUGGCAAAGCAACCCUGAGGACCGCCCGUCAUUUGAAGACAUCAUCCGUAGAAUGACAGACUUAGUCCACACAAGUUCUGGAGCAACAGCCAGGACGGCUUCCACGCCUUAAAAUGUUCGUUCUGACAGCCUCGAUGACUUAUAGGAUAGAACCUUACCGCCUUUUGUUUCACUAGUGACCUUUUCUUACAACCCUUUUGGUAAGUAAACUAGCAUAGUUUGCAUCACUCUGUCAGAAAAUCGAGUGAAACUGAGGUUUGUUUCCCGAGUUUUUCAUGCAUCAGUUUUGGUUCUUGGGCUGAUAUGGGAUUGUACAUUCUCUUCAUUGUUUUACUUCAACUAAAAAAUCAUAUGAAAACAUGUUAUUUUUUAUUUAAAUGAAAUAGAAUGAUGUUAUGGUAAGAACUAAGAAGGAAUUG